AUGUCUGAAAUUCAAAGACUUCCUCCCGUUGUUACCACGAACCCGGUCCACCCCAAUGCCAAGACAACCACGCACAUUACCAACGGCACCACCACUACGAAAACCAAUAUAACUAGCCCUGUGUGCCGUAAUUGUAAGACCCAGACGACGCCGCUUUGGAGAAGAGACGAAACUGGCCAGGUUUUAUGUAAUGCCUGUGGUUUGUUUCUUAAGCUCCACGGCCGGCCAAGGCCAAUCAGCUUGAAAACGGAUACAAUUAAACUGAGAAACAGAAUCAAGCAGCCCAAUAGUGCCAAGUCGUCUGUCCCAAACACGCCGGAGCUCAAGCUGAAAGAUUCCACUACCCCUGUGAAAUCCAGCUCAUCAGCUGGCUCACAAUCCACCCCUCAGGGAGUCACGGCAAACCCUGGCCUUUCGGUUAUUUCCAGCUCUGGUAAGAAGUCUCCAAAGACGCAAAAGACCAAAAAAUUGAAUGGUGAAUUGACCCCAUUGCUUCCAGCCGCAGGCAUGAACAAGGCAGCUAGCCAGAACGGCGCUCUUCCACACUUGCUGCAGAUCCAUACGCCCCACAUUGGAGCUGGAGGUUUGCACCACAUUCACCACCACUUAUCUCACCAAGUGCAGCCCUUGCACUAUCCAUCGUCUACUCCUGCGCAGUUUGCUCCAGGCUUACAGAGAAUUACUUCUCCGUUGCUCUUGUCCAACACCAGCUCGAUUUCCAACGCUAGAUCAAGUUCGAACUCGAAAACUCCAGGAACUGGAAGUGCCUUCAGCGCAGCCCAAGCUGCUGCUGGUGCUCUUGAAACCAUGUCCCACGAGCUUGGCCCUAGUGCGUCAUUCAAAGCUGCCAACGGAAGCUUAGGGAUUGGUAGAAAGGACGUUUCUUUAAUGAAAUCAUUCUCAACAGGUUUACGCACAGAUUCUGAACCAGCGAUCAAAAAGGAGUUCUCAACUCCAUCUUCUGCGCUCAACGCUGCAGCACCCACAGCACCAAAACUUCCCUCGUUGGGUUCUAAUACUAGCGUGUCGUCCCCGUCCUUUGGUCCACAGUUCUCAUUGUCUAACGACUCACACCUGGGCCACGGAACUCCCGAAAACAGACCUACAUCAUUACCACCGAUUGUGGGGCAUAAUAGCCCAGGUAAUGCCAAUCAUUUGCCUCACUUCCAAAACAAUUUUGGAUAUAAUAAGUCUUUUGAGGCGACUGAUGGUGAGCAACACAGCGGCAAUGGUCCAAGUUCUUCUGGAAAUUCUAGUAGCCAAGGUAACUCUGGCAGUUCUGGAAACUCAGGCAACCCCGGUACUGGUGGAAACACUGGACAUUCUAGUGGUCAUGGCCAUAGUCAUGGCCAGAACUCCUCCACUGGAAAUUCGGGAGGAUCAUCCGGUCCACCGGGUGAUGAUAACCCUCACCAUGAGAUCACAAUUUUGAAAACUAGAAUCUCCGAACUUGAACUUGUGAAUGACUUAUACAGAACCAGAAUAAUGGAAUUGGAAGCAAUGGAACAAGCUGCUAGGCUAAGGGAGAUUUCCAUGAGAAAGAGAUUGGAUGAAGUUAUUAGCUUACAAGACGGUACUUCUUCUCCACAGCAACCACAGCACCAGCAAGCAUCUCAACAUCAUCUUCAUCAUCAGCCAAUUCCUUCUCAUGAUGGUUUUCAUUCAUCCCAACAACCUACACCUGCAUCUUCACAACCAUCGUUUGGACAAAGAUAUGCCUUACCUCCUAUCCACCAGGUUGCUGCAGAUUCAGUGAAAAGAGAGUAUGAUGGGCCAGACAGUGCAAGUAAGAAGGCCAAGUUAGACAAUUAA